AUGUGUGGCACCUGUACGGCGACGCCGUGCAGCGCGUGGUGGGCGUGCGGGCUCCGCAGCAGGUUGGGCGCCCACACUAUGGCCAUGUUGCGCGCCGUCAUGCGCGUGCGGGCGCUACGUGUACGUGUAUAUGUGUGGCACCUGUACGGCGACGCCGUGCAGCGCGUGGUGGGCGUGCGGGCUCCGCAGCAGGUUGGGCGCCCACACUAUGGCCAUGUUGCGCGCCGUCAUGCCCGUGCGGGCGCUACGUGUACGUGUAUAUGUGUGGCACCUGUACGGCGACGCCGUGCAGCGCGUGGUGGGCGUGCGGGCUCCGCAGCAGGUUGGGCGCCCACACUAUGGCCAUGUUGCGCGCCGUCAUGCGCGUGCGGGCGCUACGUGUACGUGUAUAUGUGUGGCACCUGUACGGCGACGCCGUGCAGCGCGUGGUGGGCGUGCGGGCUCCGCAGCAGGUUGGGCGCCCACACUAUGGCCAUGUUGCGCGCCGUCAUGCGCGUGCGGGCGCUACGUGUACGUGUAUAUGUGUGGCACCUGUACGGCGACGCCGUGCAGCGCGUGGUGGGCGUGCGGGCUCCGCAGCAGGUUGGGCGCCCACACUAUGGCCAUGUUGCGCGCCGUCAUGCGCGUGCGGGCGCUACGUGUACGUGUAUAUGUGUGGCACCUGUACGGCGACGCCGUGCAGCGCGUGGUGGGCGUGCGGGCUCCGCAGCAGGUUGGGCGCCCACACUAUGGCCAUGUUGCGCGCCGUCAUGCGCGUGCGGGCGCUACGUGUACGUGUAUAUGUGUGGCACCUGUACGGCGACGCCGUGCAGCGCGUGGUGGGCGUGCGGGCUCCGCAGCAGGUUGGGCGCCCACACUAUGGCCAUGUUGCGCGCCGUCAUGCGCGUGCGGGCGCUACGUGUACGUGUAUAUGUGUGGCACCUGUACGGCGACGCCGUGCAGCGCGUGGUGGGCGUGCGGGCUCCGCAGCAGGUUGGGCGCCCACACUAUGGCCAUGUUGCGCGCCGUCAUGCGCGUGCGGGCGCUACGUGUACGUGUAUAUGUGUGGCACCUGUACGGCGACGCCGUGCAGCGCGUGGUGGGCGUGCGGGCUCCGCAGCAGGUUGGGCGCCCACACUAUGGCCAUGUUGCGCGCCGUCAUGCGCGUGCGGGCGCUACGUGUACGUGUAUAUGUGUGGCACCUGUACGGCGACGCCGUGCAGCGCGUGGUGGGCGUGCGGGCUCCGCAGCAGGUUGGGCGCCCACACUAUGGCCAUGUUGCGCGCCGUCAUGCCCGUACGCGCGCCCCACAGCGACACGCGCCGCAGGUGA